CGAUAGGUUAGGUAACCAUGGCAACCUGUACAAUAAUCAUCGCCGAUUUCCUUUCGCUUAAUUCAUAUUGAUUGCUUUCGACAUUAUUAUGGUAAUGCGGGGUAUUCAAAACAAUCUGUAGUAAUUGAUUCGUCAAUAUCAGCUAUUUUCAAAGGUGGAUAAUUUAAAAAGGCACGUUUCCUACUUCUGAUAAUUGUAGAAUUGCUAGGUUAAGAGUCUAGCUGCAGUCAGUUGCGAUCGAACCCGCCUGCCUGAAAUAGAUUUCUGAAUUUUAAAAUGCCGUCUGAUAUCAAUUCGUACGAAGAAUAUAAGAACGACCCUCGAACCGCGUGCCAAUUUGGCGUGAAAUGCUACCAAAAGAACCCAGCUCAUCACAGCAGAUAUAAACAUCCACCGAAAGAGCAGAAUCAGAAAAAGACAGCCGAAGUAAAUACAAGCCAGAAAAGGAAAUCUUGCGAUGACGAGAAAGAAAGCAGAUCCAAGUUGCCACGGGCAGAUCAUACAAAGAAGGACGAAACAAAAUCUGAAGUUGGCUCCUCCGAGAAAGUAUCUUCGAGUCCGGAGAAGCUUUCCCACACUACAUCAUCUUCUUUGCAUAAUAUGUCUCCGAGUCCAGAAAGCAACCCCGUGCAGAGUAACUCGGACACAGAAGAGGGUCCCGACUCUGCACAGGCUGCCGGCAAGUCAGAAGAUGUUUCUUCGUCUACGGUUGAUUCUUUGCAUGAACAGGGUUCAAGAAAGGAAAGUCCAGUAAAGAAGGAAGUAACUGCGAACGAAGAAGAGUCCAGUAAAGCUGCCACCACCACUGAAGAAAAUAGUGAAUUGAUCGGAGAAUCGAGACCACCAGCUAAUAUUCAUCAAUUUAUACUUGAGAUUUUCUCUGUCGAGAUGCCGGAAGAUUUUUAUAAACUUUACGAUCUGUGUUCUGUAAUGUCACCGAAAAAACCUCUCACUGCUUUUAAUAUGAUUGGAAUAACACUCGUUGGCCCUUAUGAUGUCUUAAGUGGCAAGAUAGAUAAAUCGACAGCUUGUGAUAAGGAAAAGUUUUUCAGGCAUUGGCGAUAUUAUUAUGACCCUCCAGAGUUUCAGACGAUUAUGCAGGUGAGCGGUAAAGAUGGUCUGCAUUUUGGUUACUGGAGAGAUGAGCCCACUGGGAACCCAGUGUUCGUUGCCAAAAACAAUGGUCACGUGGAUUGUAAAUUUACACCCGUUGCUGAGAAUAUAUUUGGUGCAUUGGAUAAGUGCAUCGGAGAGAAACUGAAAGGUGCCAAUCCUUUUGAGAAAAUGAAGUUACUAGGUUUACAGAGGCAAGUGAACAAUUUUGCUAAAAAACAUGGGUUCACUUUGGAAUCGAAUACAGAAAAAAUGAAGGCAAGGGAGAAGAAAGUCGUGGCAAGGACAUUUCACGGUGCUGGCAUCGUAGUGCCAUAUGACAAGAAGACUCAGUUAGGGUAUCGUGAAAUGGCAGUGACGGAUGUUAAACUGAGAAGCAUCUUGAAGAAAAUGGACGAGGCUGAAUCAUCGGAGGAGCGUCAAGAGUCCAUAACCCACCUUGAAGAAGUAAUCCGACUCGCCACCAUAGCUGCCGACGAAUGCGAUUUUGGGACAUGUCUCGAGUUGGGUCAGAAUCUCUUUUCAAGUGGAUACGCUCACCUCGAGAACCACAUCCUUCACAUGCUAUCUACUGCAUAUGCACACCUAAAUCGUAAGGAAUUUAAUAAUAUUUUGAAAGCACAUCUGAAGGAUAGAAAGAAGGGGGCCGACUUGAGCGUGGUGUAAUUGUUUCCUCCUUCAAAGACGAAACAGUUUUAAGACCUAUUUUUUUACAAAAGAUAGGAAAAUACUUAUUUUUAAUUUACGACCACAAACCAUAAUUCUUUUAUAAACCAUAACCUCAUUAUCCACUUAAAGGAUAAGUAAUAUAACUCGACACGAAUCACAAGUCUCACAAUCGGGAGAUAAAUCGUAUAAGCACAGUGUUAGAAAACGAUAGCGAAGCAAAUCAUAAAUAAUGUAACCGUAACCCCAAAACAAUUUGUACCCUCGUUUAAAUAAAAAUCUCAU